AUCGAUUCCAUUCACCCUUCUCCUCUCCUCUCUCGAAACCCUAGCCUCCGCCUCCAGCGUCGCAAAGCGCGCUCUGCUCAUCGAUUUCCCGCGCUUUUUUUUCCUUCUGAACCCUAGAGAUCGAUCAUAAUCUCCGAUCCCUUCGUCUCCUCCUCGAUUCCUGUUUUUUUAUCCGGCGAUAUUUCGGAGAGUUGGGGACUGAAGAUUGCGAGGAAAGAUGUCUCGGUGCUUUCCCUAUACGCCGCCGAAUUAUCAAAGGGAGGAGGAGAAGUCUCUGGCCAAACCGAUCAAGAAAGAACUAGAAACGACAAAGGAGAAGAGGAAAGAGAAAAGAAGCAAGAAGAAGGAAAGGAAAGAAAAGAGGGAUAAAUCCAAGGACAAGAAUGAGACUUCAAAACACAAGGAACAUGGCCACAAGAAGCGGAAGCAUGAGGAAAGAAACAAGCAGGAGAUCCAGGACGGCCACAAGUUAGUGACUUCUACAAAUUCAACUGAGCAGUUGGAGAAGAGUGGGCUAACCGAAGAGCAUGGAGUGUCAUGUCAUCCUACACAGGAACCCUGUGAAUCCUCUGAAAGCACUCAGAACAGUUCCAAGAAGAGGAAGGUCGAAGCUACCAAUAUUGUCAACGGUGAUAGCCAUCGUAAUGCCAUUCUACGAUUCAAGUUCUCAUUUCAAAAACAUAAAGACCCGAAACCAACUCCUGCCAUUGAAGAGCCAUGUAUCCCAUGCCGGACCACUUCCAAAGAUGCAGCAGCGACUCCUGCAAAUGAAGAGCCAUGCUUUUCAGGUUGGGCUACUGAAGCACCAUUAGGUCUAGAAAUAUUUAAAGUAGCUCCGAGCAAUCACAACCUGGUUGGCAAUGCUCAAGCUGAGUCCUGUGCUAUGAUCAAGAGCAACAAGGCAACUGAAGCACCAAAAGAGCUAGAGCUGGUUGACCAUUCUCACAGACCCGCAAGUUCUAGUAGCAAGAGCAGCAAGAGAGCUCAAAAACUAGAAAGACGCUUCAGAGACCUUUUAGGGAACUGGAAACCUGCACCAUUUCUUCUGGAUGCAGAAGCUGGGACUGAAGACCAAGGGUGGCUUUUUGCAAACCCCAGGCAACAUCAGGCAAAUUCUGAUGCUCAGAGUUGCGGUCUGAGCAGAACUAGUGAAGCCCUGAGCCAUUCUUUCCAACCUAGGGCAUGCUACUUGCCUGAGCUUGAAACGUAUCAGCUGCCAUAUGCUGUACCAUUUUGAACUUUGUAAUUCAUGACGGCGCUUAGCAUAUACUCAGAAUUUGAGGGGUGUCAGAGAGUAGAAUGUUGUGGAGGGAGGCAUUUGUUUUUUUCCUCAUUGCCUGAUAUCUGGUGUUCUAUGCGUUGAUCAGUUGUAUAUAGCAUUUGUUUGGGAUAUGCCCCCAUUCUAUAUCAAUAUAAUCUGCA